GGCCUACAUCCCUACGCAGCUUCCGACAGCUUUUAUUUUGCUGCACCCAUCAUUACCUAUAGCUCAAUCGCUACCCCUCAUCAACUUUUACCCCGCCAUCCGUCAGAGCUUCGGUCAAAAUGGUUGGUCUCGGUCCCAAGGUUCCGCCCAGUAGGAAGGAUGAUGUGGUCUUCAAGCUACUGCUCCCUGUACGCCAUUCCGCUGGUGUCGUCCCACCCUCCAAGUCAUCCUCAACGCCUCACCCUCAAAAGUUUCUUCCCGCUCUCACCAUCACAACCACCACCGUCCAAUCCUGCCUCCCACCCACGGCUGGAACGGCCAAUUACCAUUCGGAAAGGACGCGCCACAAGGCUGGACCGCCAUGCAGCACUUCCCGGUGGCCGGAGCUUCCCCAAGCCAGAAGGGUACCUAGCUUGUCAAGCAAAAGCAACUCUCUUGGGAAAAGCUCAAGCCAUCCAGCGUUGAGGUGGAAGACAUUGUCUCACUUUGCCAGACAUUCCCCCACCUUGAUCCCCCAGCUUUCUUUCUCCGAUGACUGCAGCUGUCUAGUUAUAAACAAGCUAGCAAGCGCUGCUUGUCUCCCCUCCAGACCUUUGUGUUGACCGCUACAUCGCUUGUUUGACAUUAUUUGCCCAUUGUCUCGAGAGCUUCCAUCCUGGAACUUGUUUUCCUGAACACAAUCAUUU